AUGGCCACUAUCUCCAUCUCAACCAUCUUCACAUUUCCUCUCCUCCUCCUCCUCUUCCUCCCAAUCAAAGCUGACUACUUUCUUCCAUCUUCGACGACAAUCGAAUACCGACAAAUAGAAGGCGACGCCAUUGCUGCCCUGCAACGCAACCACAGCGUUUUUGCUCCUUACCGCACCUGCUCUAAUUGCAAGUGUUGCUCGCCUGACGACUCCAAGAUCUGCUCGAUGAUGAAAUGCUGCUUCGGCAUAGUCUGUAACUUACCAAACAAGCCUUUUGGGUAUUGCUCAUUCAUGCCUUUGUCUUGCCACUGUAACUCUUGUAACUGA